AGGGGAAAAGGAGGAGGGAAGAAGACGACGGUGAGGGUCUCACUUCCGCCUUGGUGUCAACGGGUCUCGUCAGGGGGCUUGUAAGCGAGCGAGAUAGCGCGCGCCGCGGGAAGGGGAGAGACUCGUGUCAGGUAAUACCAGACCUGAACAAAAAGAGUGAAAUAUUUCAGUUUGCCUGACUGGUUGUCUAACAGUUCAUCAUAUAAUCAAUGUUACAGUUACAUUUAAUUUGAAAGAUCCAACUGUGAAUGUCACUUACAACCAUACAGCGUACUCACAACAUCUACACUGCCGUUGGUUCACUGGAAUAAAAUAUUUGAUCAAUCAUCUGGAAGGAUUUUAUUUUUCAUAAAAGAGUUCUCUCUCAUCAAGAGCAACUAUGCAUUAGAAGAAAGUAAUCUGCUGGUGCAGAAGAAAAACCUACAAGUAAAGGAUGAAUAGUGAAGAAGAAUUCUAUGAUGCCGUUACAGGCUUUGAUUCCGAUAAUUCUUCAGGGGAAUUUUCAGAAGCAAUUCAUAAAGUUGAUGUGGGUGUCCGCCAAAGUAAUAGAACUGGAAGACACAAUGAAGAUAGGACCAUGCAAGAGAAUGGAAUCAAGAAACACAGAACAUCAUUACCUGCACCAAUGUUUACUAGGAGUGAUUUCAGUGUCUGGAGUAUCUUAAAAAAAUGCAUUGGGCUGGAGCUGUCUAAGAUAACCAUGCCCAUUGCCUUCAAUGAACCUCUGAGCUUCCUCCAACGAAUAACAGAAUAUAUGGAACACACAUACCUCAUUAAUAAAGCAUGUAGUCAUUCAAACCCAGUAGAAAGAAUGCAGGCUGUUGCUGCUUUUGCUGUUUCUGCUGUAGCCUCUCAAUGGGAGAGAACUGGCAAACCCUUUAACCCUCUCCUUGGAGAAACAUAUGAAUUAAUCAGGGAGGAUUUAGGAUUUAGGUUUAUUUCUGAACAGGUCAGUCAUCAUCCACCUAUCAGUGCUUUUUAUUCAGAAGGCUUAAAUCAGGACUUCGUUUUUCAUGGAUCAAUUUACCCUAAACUGAAGUUUUGGGGGAAGAGUGUGGAAGCGGAGCCCCAGGGAACAAUAACAUUGGAGCUCUUAAAAUACAAUGAAGCUUACACAUGGACUUACCCUACUUGCUGUGUACAUAAUGUAAUUAUUGGCAAACUCUGGAUAGAACAAUAUGGAACAGUAGAAAUUAUAAAUCACAGUACUGGAGAUAAAUGUAUCCUUAACUUUAAACCAUGUGGGCUGUUUGGGAAAGAGCUUCAUAGAAUAGAAGGCUACAUUCAGGACAAAAAUAAGAAGAAGCUUGCAGUGAUCUAUGGCAAAUGGACAGAAUGUUUAUGGUGUGUUGAUCCUUCCACUUAUGAAAACUACAAGAAGAAUGAAAGGAGAGGGGGUGAUCAGAAGAAACCCAGGCCGAGUGAUGAUCCUGAGAAUGAUGAAGCUGAUGAUAUGCCAGAGAUCCAAGAGACUGUGCAGGUUGUACCUGGCAGUAAGCUACUUUGGAGGAUAAGCUCUAGACCACCAAAUUCAUCCCAGAUGUACAAUUUCACCAGUUUUGCUGUCAGUCUCAACGAACUAGAAAAAGGCAUGGAAGAAGUGUUGGCUCCCACUGACUGUCGAUUGCGACCAGACAUCAGACACAUGGAGAAUGGAGAGAUAGAUCUGGCUAGCAAAGAAAAAGAGAGGGUGGAAGAGAAGCAGAGAGCUGCUCGCAAGGAACGUGCAAAAGAUGAAACUGAAUGGAGGACAAGAUGGUUUUAUCAGGGCACCAAUCCAUAUACUGGGACUCCUGACUGGUUAUAUUCUGGAGGGUACUUUGAUAGAAACUUCUUUGACUGUCCGGAUAUAUACUGAAAUUGUGAAUGCAGUUGCUCCUUUGCCCAGAAUUGGUAGACUUGACUCCAGUGACUCCCUGGCAUUGUCGUGACCAGAACGCAUCCUUUUCUAAAGCUAAAUUUUAAAGAAAUUUAUCAGUCAUCAAUGAAGGAUUUAUCACAAUUUUGACUGCCAAAAUAUCUCCCUAAAGCUACAACCUGAAAUGAUCAUGUUUCAGAGGAAAGUGUUUUGCAUGUUUUUGUUUGCUUCUCCCUAUUUGUCAUUUAAUUUUUGGCCAGAAUUAAAAUGCUGUAGCCAGUGGAGAGGCAGUACCUGUGUAUAACUUAGUAAAUAAAGAUGAUAGCCAUGGAAUUUCUUACUUUGUCAGCAGUAAGAGAUACCUUCUAAGUAUUCAGAACUUGGAGCAACAGUGAUGAAUCGGUACGAUAGAAAUAUGCUUGUGGCCAUUGGAGACGCAACUGAUGAGAAUGAGAGUGACUUGGAUUCUUGGGAAUCUUCUGAAUAGUCUAUAAUUUUAAAAGCUUGACAACUAUAGCUCAGAUCAUUAGGCUUAACUUGCAUUUUCCAAAGCUGUUACUCUAUUUUGCCUCAGUCUUUGGGUACUGGGAUUAUCAAUUAAAUGAAGUACCUUUAAUUUUUUAAACAUCAAACUAACUGCUGAAUUGAAUGCUGGCCAUGGGUUGUAGGUGUUCAUAACAAGCAUUUGCUUGUUUAAGUUUCAGAAAGUUUUGUUUUUAAAACAUGGGAGGCUUUGGAGAUAUUUAUAGGAAUUAGGGUGUUACGUGUGUAUUAUGUAAGGAACAACAUGUCAGAAAUGUCUUUGUGUCUUCAGGUUGGCAUUAUUCAGGAUUUCUAAGCUCGCACACACUCUUCCUCUUUGGAUUUAUUUGGAAUAUAUCUGCAAAAGUCAUGUUUUGUUUUGGGGUUUUUUAAUGCAUGCUCUGAAGCAUUUACUGUGUCACUGAAAAGCAAUUCCUUCUUACUACUCUUUUGCUGAAGCUGAGUGAUAUAAUGGAAGCUUUCAUUGAACUUCGAGAGUGGAUUUCUUUUUGCAGAUUUAAACAUGUUAAGCCAUAUAAUCCCUGAGCUCUUUGAAUAGGGGAGGGUGAGGGGUUUUUUUAUAUUUAUACAUUUCUAGAAGUCGAGUGAACGUUACUGACUGUGUAUGGAUGUGAAGAAAAAAUAGGUUGGCAAUUCACCAAUUUUAAAAUGUUUUCAAAAAUGAAUUAAAUUUGUGCAUUUGACCAAAUUAGGGACAGGCUGUUGUGAAAUUUACAGUAAUUCACAGACAACAUGAGAGGUCCUAUUUUCAGUAAUUCACAGACAACAUGAGAGGUUCAGAGGACAAUUGGCUAUUCUAAAUUUACCCCUUUACAUAAAGUGUCCAGUCUGCUUAAUAAUUUUUGCAUAUAUUUUGACACUUCAUACUUAGACGUCAAGCCAAGACUCUUCAUAUUUGAAGUGCAUCUAAAAGGGGAAAGCUGCAGAGACAUUUAUAGAAAAAUAGUGGUUGGAAUUGCAUAGGUAUUUUUAUACAUUGUCUAUGGAGCAGGAAGAUUUGACUGGAGCAUUUUUAGUCACAUUGCAUUAAUCUUUCCAGCAAAGAAGUGACCAUGAAAACAUUCAAGGCAAUAAAAGACACUACUGAGAGAACUGUCUUUGACUAGUGUACCUUAUUUUUAGCGCUUAACUUGACAUUGUCCUUGGGUGUGAUCCACCAAGUAUUGCAGCUUCGUUAUCUUCAUUUGCUUCAGUGGGGCUUAAAAAUACUUGGGGAAUGCCCUCCCUUCAGGUCACUUGGACCACCUAACUAGUGUCACUGUAGUUUAUAUAUUUUUCCUUUUCCACUUGCAAUGAAUAAGUAUUGCCUGAUAUGGUAAGUUAGAGUGUGGAUGAACAGAGUUUCUCAUAUUUCGCCCACUAUUUGUCCCAAUCCUGAGAGCAGGUUUUGUGUUUUCCCUCCCUUUCCCAAACAAAUAGCUGACAGGAAGAGGGAGUAGGGUGCCCGUGCUAAAUCUCUUUCUCCCCUCUUGCUGCCGAACAGUAGGGGAGAAGGCAUUGUCCCAGAGUUAAGCCACAGUCCAUAAGUGCUCCAUUGGUUGUGGAGACUCCAACUAUAUCUGCAGAUCUCAGAAACUGAGUAACAACUGUCAAAGAAAGCCCAGUUGUUGGAGGUAAGAUAUUUUGAGACUGGGCAGCAGCAAUUUGUGUGUAGGGGACAUAGGUGCCGCAACUCACUUCUUUCACCUGGAUUGAGGCCAUUGUGUCCCCUUGUUAGUAGAAGUUUUCAAGUUUUAAGCCAAACUAUCUUAAAAAAUGUUACAGCUACUCUUGCCUUGUGCAUACAAACAAGUGGAGGCAUGUUAAAUUAAUACUUGCAAAGGAUUGUUUUAAUUUUGAAUUGCAGAAGAAGCACAGUUGGCCUAGCUUAAAAGUUAAAAAUAAGUUUCCAAGAGAUAAAAAAGUCAUCUAGUUUUGACAUGUGUAAUUAUUUUAAAAUCCAUGCUUUAUUGCCUAUCAUAUACUCAAUUUUUAAUGAAUACUUUCUAUUACUUUCAUGUCUGCAUUUCAUAUAUUUUUAAGUCAUGCCCACACAUUAUACCUUCUGCCUGUCUUUCCCAGGGACACACCAUAUUAAUGUCUUGUCCACUGGCUAGUUCUUGCACAGAUCCGUUUAACACAUAAUGCGAAGAAAAGCUGGUAGGUUCCAUUUAGAGGAACUGAGAGUCGCCAUCUAGCCUGGAGGAAAUAGUGGAAGGGUUAGUUUAGCAAUUGCUCCUCUGUAAAUGAUGAAUUGCACUGAAAAUGUUUCUUAUAAAAAUGCAAACAUGUUCUCCCGCUUUCAUCUUUUAAUUGCUAACCUGCCUUAUUACUAGGGUCAGGAAUUUAUAUAAGAGAAAUAGAUUCAGAUUAAAAGACACACGGACAUCUGAGACCCUUAAAAACUUUAACUAUAAUAUUAAAUUUUAACGAAAAAGAUACUCACCUAGUUUGUUUACAUUUAACCUGCACUUGUUGUUGGUACCACAUUCAUAACUUAAGCACUGCCUUACAUUCACUAUUUGGCGCCUCCAUGAGAAGCACUUUUAAAAUUAAUCAUGUUAAAUUUUAAGGUAGAUGUUAACUUAAAGCAAAUAUUUUUAUGUGAAGUUACAUAUUUUCUUGGCUGCUCACUUUCCAUUGUGUCUACCUUGAUACGUUGGUUUGAAUUAUGGCUUGUGCAUGCAUUGGCCCCAGUCCAGGGUGCUGGUUCAUACCCAAAGGCUUUGAUAAGCUGAUAGUUGUGUGAUUAAAGAGGGACAACUUUCUCUCUGCUGCUUCAGUGUUGGUGAGAAUUCCACAUGCACAUCCCUAAUGCUUGUAUGGAGCUGUCUGUAACACUGAAGUAAAUGGGAAGCUCUGCUGGUACAAGGCUCCGUAUGCACAUAAGAGCUUUGUGGAGCUUUGAUGGAGGCCGUUGCUUUGCCUCUUGUUCUGCCAAUAGGUAACAACCUAUGUUUACUUUUGAGCUAGAUGCAACCUCAUCUUUAGGCAUUCACUAGAAGUAAGCAAGAAGGUUAACACUAGACUACCUCUGGCAUAGUAUGUUGGCGGUAGACCACUAAUCUUGGAUAAAACUAAUUGUCCAGGGAUAAAUUCUACAGAAAUGCAAUGUGUCCACAAACCUUGGAUAGUCUUCACCCAGUCCCUUUCCCAUUCAAUACACAGUAGAGUUGGCUGAAUUAUACUUCUAUUGAUUUGGCAGGAUGUCAGAAUUACAUAACACUAUGAAUAAAUUGAGUCCUCUGGCAGGAUGACAUUCACUGGAAGAUAUAGAUACUUCUCUUUUUUUAAGAAAAAAAUUGAGAUCCUGCUAAGUAAUUAUUUGCUUUAUCUUUUUACUCUUUAAAAUUAAAUUGAAACUCUGGAAAUUGUAACUUCCUGAUGGAUUGAGCUCGGUAAAACUAUUUUCACCAAGAUACAUAAUUGGGUUUGUAGCUAUUGCACCUUGCCUAUGAUUUGGGUUGGAUCAUACAAUGCAGAACAGCAAACAUUUGUUUUGCCCAGUGGUACAUUUGCUAAUUCGUGACUUGCAGAUUAAGAGGUGAUCCUUGGUUGGAUUAAAUUCUCCAUGUAAUUACAUUUGUAAUCAUAUCUAUUUUCUUUUGAAGACGGUAAUCAUAAAUUAAUGAGCAAAUACAUGUGAAUCACCAUAAUCUUUUGUUAGCAUUUUGAUAUAGUUUUUGCUUCCCAGAGUUCCUUCCCAAAUCUAGAAAGGUUGCAAGAGACUUCAGAUCACAAACUGUUCACAUUCAGGUAGUUUGUGAUUCUAAAAAAUAAAAUAAAAAACUUUGUGAUGUGAUCAUGCAAACAGUUCAGGUGCCUAAUGUGGUCUUUAAUCUUUCUCCUGUUCACUGUACUCUCUGUAUUUUAAUGUUGCAAAUAAAAUGUAGCUGUUCCUGUUUAUGUAGUGUUUUAAUUCUUAAAUUAAUUUGAUAAUGUAUUGUAAUGUUGCCUCUCAAAAUACAUAUGUGCUUUUGGGUUAGUUGUAAAAUAAAGCAAUAUAAAAAAUUAUGUAAAGCUAACAGUUCUAACACAGACAAAUUGAAUUUUAGUAUGAUUUUUUAUAGCAUGGAAAAAUUAAACAAAUAUAUAUAUAUCCCCCGUUUCCCAGUCCACUCUCUGCUGCUGCUAUUGUUGUUCUAUUUUGCCUUACUUAUUUUGCUGUAUCCCUGUUAAUGAUUAUUUACAUACAUGGCACAGCCCACCUGGAAUUUCUUUUGUCCAAACCUCAUUUGAAACACACGGGCUUGCGUGGAAAGCAUGACUUGGGAAACUCCAAGUGACUUGAAUGGGGCUUGUACUAGUGAGUAGUUCCUGGCAGACUGUGCCCACUGUGGGUGUUUUGCCUUAUCCAUGUUGCAUGAAAAUGUCAGAGAAUAAUAAUAAAUAAGAGGCUUUAGUGAAAUGGAUUUAUUUUUAUAAUAUUUAAUAACUGGUCAAUACCCAUUAUAUUAACUAUAAGAUCAUAUUUACCUUUUUAGAGAAGUCUGUACAGGUUUGUGGACAUUAAUGUUAAAACUGUAAAUCUGAAUAAAGUUUGUUUUGGAG